UCACUGCUGUCACGAAUCCGGAUUUCCCCCCAACCCUGUGCCGGGCAGAGAGGGUGGGGAGGACCGGGGACUCUGGAGCUGGAGGCUCGGCGGAAGGUUUCCUUUCGGCUGGACGCACUGAGCGACACCGCUCAGCGGAUCUGAUUAGUCCAAGUAGGCCCGCGUAUUUGCGUAAUAGCGGAUCAGUCUUGAAGGAGCUAAUGUGAGUUCAACCACCUUCCAACUAUUUUUUAACCUUAAUCUGCUCUCCUGCCGUGCCUGCAGUCCUCUCAACGUGCCCUCCAUCUGCUCAAACUAAGUGUUCAGAGGGGGCCUGUCUGCACACCGACAGUCAGUUUUCACUUGUGUUGGUCUAUUCUGAUGGAUCAAAAUGUCCACUACUAAUAAUAUUGCCCAGGCCAGGAAACUGGUGGAACAGCUGAGGAUCGAGGCAGGAAUUGAACGYAUUAAGGUUUCCAAAGCGGCAGCCGAGCUGAUGAGUUACUGUGAGCAGCACGCUCGGAGCGACCCGCUGCUGGUCGGGGUGCCCACCUCCGAAAACCCUUUCAAAGACAAGAAGCCCUGCAUCAUCCUAUAGCUGUGUGUCGCUCUUUAAGCCCUCAAACAUACACACACACAUACACAAACACACACACUCGCACUCAGAGACAAACACUUGCCAUCAAAACUGAUUCAGUCACUAUGUCAGACACCUGAAGCAACACACAGAAACACACACACACUCCCAAAAAUAGCCACUCUGGAACAGUGCCAUACCCCAAGCCACAGCUAGGGGGCAGGCAUCUUGUCCUCACAGCGGCUGAGUUCAUUUAAUCACAGAAUAUGGGGUCAAGGUGCUUUGGAAUCAUUUACAUACACUGGGCAAAUCACUGAUUUGCAUGUUAACACUCAGCAGGAGAGCAGUUUCUUUUCUGUCUCCAUCCAUGAGACGAGGUGUCGGGUAAACAGCUGUGGCAGAGUCAGGCAGUGGGACGAUGCAUGUGGGCAACAGCAGUAGGCGCAUAUUCGUGACCUGGUGUCGCGUUAAAAGCUCAACAAAUGCUUGUUUCUGAAUCCGUGGGAGCCUUCCAAAAUAAGAACRGUCCGAGAGCUCUGCAGCAUGCUCCCACCCACGUCUGCAACAACAGACCCUCUCAGCCCGYGGCCUCAACAUGGCUGCCUGCAGCCUUUUGGCCGAGCCUCCUCCAGCUGCACAAAAAGCCGUCUCUAGAUGCUGAUUUGCCGUCGCUAGCAUUGCUGCAGGCCGCGAGAGCUGCUUGCGGUUCGGUUCUAAAUCUUAGCUGACCUCAUAUUUGCAACUAUAGGAGGGACACRGAGAACAUCUCGACAAAGAACUCAAGCCGUUUACUGCUUCUUUUGUUUUUUUUUUCUUUAAACAAAUACUUGUUUGUGAACUCAGUGUAUGUUUAGGUAUGUUUUGGAGCAUUACUUAACAGAAAGUUGAUACUGUACAUUUUUUAAUCAUUUUAUUCUGACAUAUAGUGGGUGUGACCUCUGACUGAUCUCUUUUUUUCAUGUUCAUGCUAAUGAAACUACAGACGAUCCAGUGAUAAGUCAGGGGUCUCACCUGAGCAGAAGUUUCUACUGUGCAUCAAACCUCCCUGUGCUUUACAACGAGAGAGUGAGGCCACAGUUCAACCGUGUCAGAAAUAUCUGCAGAGGCUGCAAGACUGAGAGGAGAUGAUAAGAAAAAUAGAAAUCAAAGGCUUUCUUUUCCCAUGUUCUUCACUUCAAUUCGAUCCGUUUAUUUGUCCGUUUCUGUAAAAUGAGGAAACAAAUUUCUGCAUCCUGCAAAACAGCAAGUUUGUUAUCGUGACUAAUAAUUGAGGUUAUCAAUCAAAUAUUGAAACUAGAAGCAUUUAAAGGUCCCGGACUCAAAUAUGAGCGCUCAGUUUGUCGCGGUCAGGGAUGGGAUCGGUACGAGCUUGCAGCCCCUCUUCUGUGUCCUCCUCUCUUCCACAACACUCCUCUUCUCUGACAAACCAAACUUGAUUGUAAAAAAAGGAAAAAAAUUUAAAAUGAAGGGGUGGGUUUAAAAAGGGUGAAGAGAAACAAACUAAGUGUAUAAACUUUCUUUCAGAUGUGCAGAAGUGAUAAGUUGAAGAGUAGCUGUUUUUUGACUUUAUUUUUUAUGUUUCUCUUCUUUCUAUGAAGUCCAUGGAGCCCGGUCAGUGGAGUGUUAUUACCCUGUACAGUGUUUGUAAGAUACAAAACCUGAACACAGAUGCCCCCCCCUCCUCCCCUCCUCGUGAAUGUUGGACUUUUUUAGCACUACUUCUUCUGUUUCGUCAGUCGGGAUCACGUCUGUCUUCUUCUUGUCCUUCUCUUUUGGUCAUUGAGGUUUUAGGGGCGUGGGAUGGUGGAGGUUGGUUUUAGAGCUCAAAGAAAAGGCGGUGAUUGCAGUUAAACGGUGGCAGAAACACUGCAGGGUUUGAGACGUGUCUUACUGAGGGUUUAUCAACAGCAGACCUCAUUCAACUACUAAAAUUACAACCUCCUGAUCCGCCCUUUAACACCGGAGCUGCCAUUUAUUUUAUUUUAUUUUUAGUGGCUUGUUGUGAGCAACUUGAACACCACACACAUAGCAUACACCUCCAGUUUCUCCUGAAGGUGYUUUCAGACUUGAGGACCUCGGAGAAAGAUGUCAUGGAGUCCCGGUUUUAAUGAAUAUUGGGAGUUCUGGGUUGUGUCUGAAAAUGAUCCUUGCAUCGGUGCAACAAUACAUCAGUCCAUAUUGGUAYAUCAAAUAAAUGGUUAAUGAUUCACUUACAUUGAGACAAAAUGAAAGCAUUGAUCUUAUUAGGCCCUAUGUGGAUCAAAUUUAUGCCGACCUAUUGUGUUAGAUGGGAGGAUGAGAUUGUAUCAURUCGAUUGCAGACUYGUGAAUUGAUUUGAAUAGAAAUCAUAYCAUAUAGACUUKGUGAUAUCAAGAAACGUAUCAACAUUCAAACAAAUCAGUAAUAUAAUGUGACACCUCUUGUUCCUUGUGGAAUUAUACUGAGAAAUUUGGGAAAUAUUCCAGAUUGGUAAUUUUCUGUAGGAAUUUUGAGAAUUUAUGGGAAUUACCAGAGCAUCGUAUUAUGCAUCCAUUCAGUGUUUAACCCACAUGUGCUUUUUGGGUUGUGUGUGUGUGGGUGGGGGGUGGGGGGUGCACAGGUUACAUGUACAAAUGACGACCAUUCACUUUCUCACUCACACCUAAGAACAAUUUAAAGUCACCUAACCUGGAGAAAACACACAUUUGCACAAGGAGAGCAUGCAAAUCGUUUCAUAUCCAAAUAGUUUUGGACAUAGGCAGAUAGUGAGUUUGACCCAAAGUGUAUAAAGAAAAUAUAAAACACAUUUUACCCUCCUGCUGUGCUUGGGUCAAAAUAACACAGGAGGACUGAGUUUUAAAACUGAUCCUUGUGAGUCGUUUUGCCCCAAGAAGCAGCAGGAGACUUAAUGAUGUCACUGAUGACAUAACGGUGUCACAACCACACUUUUACAGAACAAUAAGUUUUGAUCAUUUUUACAGUUCUCUUUUGUUUUUUUCUUCUUGUUGUCAUCUAAUUCAUGUAACUCUGAACAAAAAUAUUCAUGUUUUGUUUGUUUUCCAUGUUACUUUUCCAUCUGUCCACAAUGUCGUACCUGUCAUUGCAUGGUAGAGCAAUGAAAGCUGUUAAAAAUACAUGUUCCCAAUCUAUAUUUAAAGUUAAAGGGGCAAUAUUAUGUGUUUCCCAUUGCCCAUUUCGGUGCGGGGGGCAUGAUGCAGUUUACUUGG